CCCGGUUCUUUCAGGCCUGGCCAGCACUCCCUCAAGAGCACCAUGCUCUUUUAUUCUUUUUUCAAGUCCCUUGUGGGCAAGGAUGUGGUGGUGAAACUCAAGAAUGAUUUGAGCAUCUGUGGAAGACUCCAUUCUGUGGUUCAGUAUCUCAACAUCAAACUAACAAAUAUCAGCGUCACCGACUCUGAGAAAUAUCCCCUCAUGUUGUCGGUGAAGAACUGCUUCAUCCGGAGCUCCGUGGUCCAGUAUGUUCAGUUGCUAACAAAUGAGGCUGACGCACAGUUACUACAAGAUGCAGCAAGGAAGGAGGCCCUCCAGCAGAAACAGUGAUGGUCCUGCAGCCCUCUGCCCUCCUGGUCCA